CACUCCAAAAAAAAAUACGAUAAAUUUUUUCGAUUUCUUGAUCAUCAUUUUUGUUGUGAAACAUUUUAUGUAAACCACCACCGCUAUCAUCAUCAAAAAAUGAUCUGCAUCUGAUAAGGGCAUCAGCAUUACCUUGAUUGAUUUGAUUAAAAAAUGUAUUAUCCGGGUUUAUUCGAACCAAUGAUAACCACUACUAAUCAAGCAUAUUCAGCAUUUAAUGCUAGACAAUUUAUUUCGGUAAAAAAUGCUAACAUUAAUGAUCAUAAUUCGUCAAUGAUAAUGCCAUCUUCGGCUGCUGUUGUUCAUCAUAAUAAUCCUGCGUUGCAUCCGCAUCAAAAUGUCGAUUUGUGUUCGUCAUCAACAUCGGAUAAACAACGAACAAUAAUUUCUUCUUCAUCAACAACAGCCAUAUCAUCAAAUGAUGGAACAUCUGUAUCAUCUGUUUCACCAAUAAUCGGAUCAUUUCGUUUGCCAAAUUUUUGUCAACCACCCGCAUCUUCAUCAUCAAUGAUCUCAUAUAAUGGACAACAACAACAACAUAAUAAUUCAUCAGUUACUUGUCCGGAAAAUUCAUUAAUGUCAUCAUCUAUGUAUGGACCAUCAUCAACGAUAACAACAGCAGCCACAUCUAAUCAUUUAUCAACUGAAAAUGUUUACAAUUCAACUUUAAUGGAAAUUUCUCCUCAUCAUCAUCCACAUCAUCCAUAUGGGAUUGGAUCAUCAUCAUCAUCAUUGUCUGUUCCAUCAUUGAUACCAUCAACAAUUUAUGCAUCACAUCAUCAUCAUUAUUAUAUGAAUCCAUCACAAUCAUCAACACAAUCAGUAUUGAAUAAUCAAUCUAUCAGUUAUAAAAUACCAAAUGUUUCAACUACGUCAACAUAUCCACCUCCACCAUCUCCAUCAGCUGCUGCUGUACAGAAUUUUUAUCAUCGUUCAACAAAUAAUCAUUCGAUAUCACCUUAUGGUCAUCAUCAUCAUCCACAAACAGCAAUCUAUAAUGAAAAUCCAUUCAGUAUUCCUGAUUAUCUUAAUCGUACAUCGGAACAAAAUUCUUCAUCAUCAUUUUCGGAUCAUUUGAAAAAGCUACAAGAAUCUUUAAUUCAAUCAAAAUCAACAUCACCGACGACGACGACAACAACGAAUAAAUUUAAUGAUCAUCAUCAUCAAUUGAGUGAACAAAAAUCGGAAAAUGAUACGACGACCAAUGGUUUUUUGAUGAUAAAAAAUGAACCACAAUCACAACAAAAUUAUUCAAAACAAUCAUCAUCAACAAAUGUUUGGAAUCCAUUGAUCGAUCAUCAUCAUCAUCAAACAAAUCGUAAAUUAUCAAUAACAUCUGAUAAUAGUGCCAACAAUAAUGAUCAAUGGAAUGGUAAACCGAUUGUAGAUCAACAUGAUCGUUUUAAUCAUCUUAAUAAUCAUCAUUGUCAACAACAACAACAAAAACAAAAGCAAUAUUCAUUACCAACAACAGAAUCAUCAUUUUUGAAUGGUAAUAAUCAUGGUGGAAGCAGCAGUAAAAUGCCAUUAUCAUCAACAUCAUCAUCCACAUCAACAUCGUUAGCCAAAAACAGCAAUCAAACAAAACCAAAAAAUGAAAAAAUUAUCACGAAAUCAAACAACAACAAUGAUAACGCUAAAAAUGGCCACUUUAUUCAAAAACAAUUAUCGAUUAUCGAUCAACAUCAUCGUAAUAAAUUGGUAAUUUUCUUUCUUUCUUUCUUUGUUUGA